AUGGUCUUUCGUAGUCUCUGUCGAGUCUUAGCUAUCUGUGCAACUGUAUCUCUGGCUGCAGCUUAUCAUGGUUCUGAACAAGCCAAGUUUACUGUCGCCUCUCAGGCUGGCACGGCUUCCUACAACUACAAUUCGUCCGAAGCCCAAUCUCUUCAUUUGUCGUCAAUCGGCUCAACAGACUUUACAACCCUUUCUCACCCUGCGUUUCCGAAUACUCGCAUUCGCGUGAAGAAAACCAACUUUUGCGAUUCUACUGUCAACGUCUUCACAGGAUACCUAGACGUCGACGCCGGUGCUAAACACAUGUUCUUCUAUUUCUUCGAGAGUCGACGCGAUCCUGAGAAAGAUGAUGUUAUAAUGUGGAUCAAUGGAGGUCCUGGAUGCUCUUCUGCGACGGGCUUGUUAAUGGAAUUGGGUCCAUGCAGCAUUGACAUGCAGAAUAAUUCAUCUAAUGGCACAGUGUGGAAUCCAUACUCCUGGAACUCGGAGGCGAAUAUUUUCUUUUUAGAUCAACCCGUUGGAGUCGGAUUUUCCUAUGCAGACUAUGGAGAAACCGUCGAGACAACAGAAGAUGCUGCCAAAAAUGUCCAUGCCUUCAUUACCAUCUUUUUCGAUACAUUUACUCAGUUUUCUGGAAGACCUCUGCAUCUGUCGGGCGAAUCGUAUGGCGGCCGGUAUCUUCCUGUUUUUGCCAGUGAAAUAUACGACAAAAACCAGAUCGCUCUCCGAGAAGGGGGAUCAAUUAUUAAUCUGCAAAGUGUCCUUAUUGGAAAUGGAAUCACCGAUAUCUCAACCCUCUACCAAGGUCGAUACGAAGUUGAAUGUGGCACUGCGUCUCUACCUGUUCCUUUCCAAUCCAUAUCAACAUGCGUAAGGAUGAAAACUGCGCUACCACGUUGCCAGAAAGCGAUGCGUCAGAGCUGUGUAGACCGGUUUGACUCCAUAAACUGUCAAGCAGCUGUCAAUUUUUGUGAUAGCGAACUCUCCACUGCGAUGCAUGCAUCAGGGAGAAACGUGUAUGACAUAACGAAGCCAUGCGAAGGCGAGCUCUGCUAUAGAGAAAUGAAUGUCAUUAAGACAUAUCUCAACCUCCCCGAGACACAAGAGCUACUAGGAGUUGAAAGCCCUUACAAUUUUGAAGCUUGCUCACGGGUUGUUGGGCAAAAUUUUGCAGCGCAUUUGGACAAAUGGGCCGUACACACCCAAGAUUAUGUUGCCAACUUGCUUGAUCGUGGUGUCCGUGUACUUAUAUACGCUGGCACAUAUGAUUGGCAAUGCAACUAUAUCGCCAACCAACUGUGGGUCGACAAACUUGAAUGGAGCGGACAAGCAUCGUACGCCGACGAAGAAUGGCGCGACUGGACUGUUGACGGUGUCAAAGCAGGCGAGGUGAAAGAGACGCCUCUACUCACCUUCGCUACCAUCAGAGGGGCGGGGCAUAUGAUGAGUAUCUUUUUAUAG